AUGAGCGGCGGAUCCGCGACCGGCGGCUACCGCACUGUGGCCUACUUCGUCAACUGGGCCAUCUACGCCAGGAAGCAUCGUCCUCAGGAUCUACCGCUCGAGAAGCUCACCCAUGUCCUCUAUGCCUUUGCCAAUGUGCGUCCAGACUCAGGAGAAGUCCACCUCACCGACGGUUGGGCCGACACUGAUAUCCACUGGGAGGGCGACUCGUGGAACGAUUCCGGCACCAACCUCUAUGGCUGCAUGAAGCAGCUGAACCUGCUCAAGAAGCGUAACCGCAAUCUCAAGGUUCUUCUGUCCAUCGGUGGCUGGACCUACAGCUCCAACUUCAAGGGUCCGGCCUCUACGCCGCAAGGUCGAGCGACCUUUGCCAACUCUGCCGUUGAGCUGAUCAAGAACCUUGGGUUUGAUGGCAUCGACAUCGACUGGGAGUAUCCCCAAAGCGCGGCCGAGGCUGCCGACUUUGUUGCCCUCUUGGAAGAAUGCCGCUGCGCGAUGGACGAGUACUCUGCUACUCUGAGCUCGCCCCACCACUUUGAGCUGACCGUCGCCUGUCCCGCCGGAGCUCAGAACUACGAGAAGCUCGAUCUGCCAGCCAUGGAUCGCCUGCUGGACUUUUGGAACUUGAUGGCGUACGACUAUGCCGGCUCCUGGGACUCCGUCGCGGGUCAUCAAGCCAACCUCUUCCGCUGCGACCAAAAUCCUGCCAGCACCCCGUUCAGCACUGCCCAGGCACUAGACUACUACACCAGCCACGGCGUUGCGUCAGACAAGAUCGUGCUCGGCAUGCCCCUCUACGGCCGAGCAUUUGAGAAUACCGAUGGCCUCGGAAAGCCCUACAACGGCAUUGGCGAGGGCACUUGGGAACGUGGUGUUUAUGACUACAAGAAGCUUCCCCUUGACGGCGCAGUAGAGCAUCACGAUCAGGACGCCGGUGCCAGCUAUUGCUAUGACCAGGGUAAGCGGACACUGGUAAGCUACGACACGGUAGAUAUGGCGAGGAAGAAGGCGGAGUUCAUCAAAGAACGUGGACUGGGAGGCGGUAUGUGGUGGGAGAGUAGUGCAGACAAGGAGGGAUCAGACAGCUUGAUUGGCAAUGUGGUGGAAGUUUUUGGUGGAAGCGGCGCAUUGAAGGGGGAGGAAAACUGCAUCGAGUACCCGCAGACAAAGUACGAUAACUUGCGCGGCGGUUUCCCCAACGAUCAAGCUUAA